ACUGCUCGGGCUCUGACGGUCAUCUCAGCGGUUCUGGGUGUCCAGGCUCUGAUGAUAACCAUCGCCGGCGCUCAGUGCACCAACUGCAUCAGUAAAGAGUCCAUCAAAGCCAAAGUAGUCAACGUCGGAGGGGUGAUAUACAUCAUCGCAGGCUUGUUUGUGUUGGUGCCUCUGUGCUGGAUGGCCAAUAACAUCAUCUCAGACUUCUAUGACCCUCAAGUGCCUUAUGCAAAGAAGAGAGAAAUUGGAGCUGCGCUCUACAUCGGAUGGGCAGCAUCUGCCAUGCUUCUGGUCGGAGGAGUGAUUCUAUGUUUCUCUCGUCCACAUGAUGAGAAAACCUUGUAUCCUCUAAAAUAUAUACCUCCACCUACAAAAAGCACAUCAGUCAAUGGGGACUAUGAUAAACGAAACUACGUGUGAGCCUCAUUGUUCAACCAUGGACUAGUAUGUUAAAAUUUAUAUGAAAACGUACUUUUAGGUGCUGUAAAAAAAUUUUUAACGAGUGUGAGAAACUAUUUUUUUAAGUACAAAUAUUGCAUAUUCAUUAAAAGUGCGUGUCAUUAUGACAAAAAAUAGUUUCAAAUAGCUUUAGAUGAAAUAUUGUCACACUGCAGUCAGCCUUGUACCAAACCUGGCAAACAUUCAGAUAAUCAAUUGACAGAAUGUAUAAACUUUGACUGUAUGUAUGUAUAAACUAUGUACGAUUGUAUUUUUCUGUCUUUAGCUUCUUUAACAGUAUGUCAUGGUAAUAAACAAUUAGAUGUACACGGGUAUUUCUGUCUUAGUUAAUGAUAUUAGGGUCAGCUGCUCAUUUGUUUGCAUUUGAUUUUAAUCACUCUGGCUUAAGGGGGGGGAGAUGGGAGGGUCUAUAUUUCUUGUAUUUGUUCCGCUUUAUGAGAGUGCACUAAUUAGACACGCUCUGUGCUUCAAUAAGACACUGAAUAAUGCCUAUUGUUCUGCCUUUCUGCUGCAGCUUUACAUGAUCUCCUGAUUGUACAUAGUUGUAUGAAACCUUUUUUUCAGUAAAUCUGGGCAUAUUCAAAGUAAUAAAUAAAAAG